AUGCAGCUGUCAGAUCUUGCCUCGCCGCCACUAGCGCCACCAUUCGGCCUGGCAAGUCGUGUGCUUGCCCCACAACCUGUUCAAUUCGGCCCGAUCGAAGUCGUUCCUCGUACGAUAUCAUUGGCCGUGGGUCUUGAUGCUGCGACUGGAAGAAUAGGAGGCUGGCCUGGCUUCAAGUUCAUUGAUCCUCUGGGUGCUGUAAAGACAUAA